AUGGGCCUCGUCAGAGAGGCGGCCUUGGGCCUCGUCAGAGAGGCGGCCAUAGACCUCGUCAGAGAGGUGUGGGGGUACGUGGUAGAGGACAAGUCCACGUACCAAGACAGCGGCAGCAACAGCAACGAGAGUCCAUUGAAAUCAGGAAUAGAGGCUAGGCCAAAUGGGGGAGGCAGAAUACUGACUGAGCAACAACAGCAGGCAGUGGUCAAUUUGGUCCAGGCCAGAAAUGAUAUUCGCCUUCGAGAAAUACAGCAGCAUAUCUCGGUCAAUGACGACGUGUUCAACAAUGUGGAAGCCAUAAGUUUACCGACUAUUGCACGCAUUCUGAAAAGGUAUCAGGUGUCUCUAAAACAACUGUACCGUGUGCCUUUCGAAAGGAAUGCAGACAGAAUUAAGCAACUGAGGAUUGAGUAUGUUCAGCUCAAGAGGGUGAUGGAGCUGGAUACUGAUGAAAACCAUCACAAAUUCAUAUUUUUGGAUGAGGCAGGCUUCGACAUGGCCAAGACAAGGAGAAGAGGUCGAAAUUUCAUUGGCCUGUGGGCAACCAUCCAAGUACCUGGACAACGUGAGGCCAACAUCACCAUGUGUGCGGUGAUAUCAGAAGAUGUUUACAACGCAGACAUCGCGGUGGUGGAGAUGACGGACGCUUUCCGCCAGCCCUCCCUCUUCUACCACCUGGGUGUAAGGGAGAGCUUCAGCAUGGCCAACAACAUCAUCCUCUACUGCGACACCAACUCGGACUCUCUACAGUCCCUGCAGGAGAUUAUCUGCCAGAAGAACACUACAUGCUCAGCAAACUACAGCUUCAUCCCGUAUAUGGUGACGCCCCACAACAAGGUGUACUGCUGCGAGAGCAGCCUGCUGAAGGGCCUGACGGAGCUGAUGCAGCCCAGCUUCGAGGUGCUGCUGGGGCCCAUCUGCAUGCCCCUGCUCGACCGCUUCCUCCAGCUAAUCAAGGUGCCCACCGGGAACUCCUGCCAGUACUUCCGUGAGACCAUCCUCAGUGAGAUCCGCAAGGCGCGGGAGCUGUUCACGGGCACGGAGCUGGCCACAGAGCUGGGCCGCAUCCAGCAGCGUCUGGACAACGUGGAGUGCCUCUCAGCGGACAUCGUCAUCAAUCUGCUCCUGUCCUACCGGGACAUCCAGGACUACGAGUCCAUCGUGAAACUGGUGGAGACUCUGGAGAAGCUGCCCACCUUUGACCCCAUGGAACAUCCUCAUGUGAAGUUCCAUUACGCCUUUGCACUAAAUAGGAGAAACCUCCCAGGAGACAGACAGAAGGCCCUGGACAUCAUGCUGCCCCUGGUGGAGGCAGAGGAGCAGGUGGCCUCGGAUAUAUACUGCCUAGUGGGACGCAUCUACAAGGACACCUUCCUGGAGUCGCACUUCGCCGACACGGCCAGCAGGGACAGCGGCACGCUGUGGUUUAAGAAGGGCUUUGAGUCAGAGCCAACGCUGCAUUCUGGGAUCAACUACGCCGUUCUUCUCCUGGCUGCUGGACACCAGUUUGACGCCUCCUUUGAGCUCCGGAAAGUCGGAGUGAAGCUGAGCAGCCUUCUGGGUAAGAAGGGCAGCCUGGACAAGCUGCAGAGUUACUGGGAUGUAGGCUUCUUCCUAGGGGCCAGCAUCCUCGCGUGCGACAACACCAGGGUUAUCCAAGCCUCCGAGAAACUUUUUAAACUCAAGGCCCCUGUCUGGUAUCUGCGCACGCUGGUGGAAACCAUCCUGAUUUACCAGCAUUUCAAGAAGCCGUCAGGCGAGCAGCCGCCUCCGAAGCAGGAGCUGGUGGACUUCUGGAUGGAUAUCCUUGUGGAGGCCACCAACAAGGACGUCUCCUCAGUCCGCUUCCCCGUGUUGAUACUGGAGCCCACUAAAGUGUACCAGCCGUCGUAUCUGUCCAUCAACAACGACGUGGAGGAGAACACUGUGUCCAUCUGGCACGUAGCUCCUGAUGACAAGAACAAGGGGAUCCAUGAGUGGAACUUCAGCGCCACAUCAGUGCGAGGCGUCAGCAUUUCCAAGUUUGACGAGCGCAGUGCCUUCCUGUACGUCCUGAACAACUCGGAGGACUUCCAGAUCUACUUCUGCACUGAGAUGCACUGUAAAAGGUUUUGUGAUCUGGUCAACAGUCUCACGGAGGAGGCUUGGAGGGGUCCGGAGGAGGGGGAUUGUGACACAGACGCCUUGGAGUACGACUACGAGUACGACGAGCAUGGAGAGAGGGUGAUUCUGGGUAAAGGAACGUUCGGAGUGGUGUAUGCCGGCCGUGACCUCAGCAACCAGGUGCGACUGGCCAUCAAGGAGAUACCUGAGAGAGACAGCAGGUACUCUCAGCCGCUUCACGAGGAGAUCUCUCUGCACAAGCACCUCAAGCACAAGAACAUAGUGCAGUACCUGGGCUCCCUCAGUGAGAACGGCUUCAUUAAGAUCUUCAUGGAGCAGGUUCCUGGAGGGAGCCUCUCGGCCCUGCUGAGGUCCAAGUGGGGCCCUCUGAAGAACAACGAGCCUACCAUCGGCUUCUACACCCGACAGAUCCUGGAAGGACUCAAGUACCUUCACGACAAUCAGAUCGCACACAGGGACAUCAAGGGUGAUAAUGUCCUGAUCAACACCUACAGCGGAGUCCUGAAGAUAUCUGACUUUGGCACGUCGAAGAGGUUGGCCGGAAUCAACCCCUGCACUGAGACGUUCACCGGGACUCUGCAGUACAUGGCCCCGGAGAUCAUCGACAAGGGGCCCCGGGGCUACGGCAAGCCGGCGGACAUCUGGUCCCUGGGCUGCACCAUCAUCGAGAUGGCCACUGGGAAGCCCCCCUUCUACGAGCUGGGGGAACCCCAGGCCGCCAUGUUCAAGGUGGGAAUGUUCAAGAUCCAUCCAGAGAUCCCAGACUCCAUGUCCCUGGAAGCCAAGGCCUUCAUCCUGCGCUGCUUCGAGCCCGACCCCGACCGGCGGGCCACCGCCCUGGACCUGCUCACCGACGAGUUCCUCACCGUCACCAGCCGCAAGAAGCGGGGCAAGAGCAACUUCACAGCUUUGACACCAGGAUCAGCAGAGUACCUCCGCAGCAUCUCCCUGCCCGUGCCUGUGGUGGUGGAGGACACCAGCAGCAGCAGCGAGUACGGCUCUGUCUCCCCCGACAACGAGCUCAACGUCAACCCUUUCAUCUUCAAGCCCAGCACCAAGUGUUACAGCGAACGCGAUGUCAAAGGUCACCGCUCGCUGUUCCUCAGCAUCCCUGUGGAGAACUUUGAGGACCACAGCGCCCCGCCCUCCCCUGACGAGAAGGACUCGGGGUUCUUCAUGCUGAGGAAGGACAGCGAGAGGAGGGCCACCCUGCACCGCAUCCUGACGGAGGACAAGGACAAAGUGGUGGCCAAUCUCAUGGAGGCUCUCUCACAGGGCUCGGAGGUGACCAGGCUGAAACACCAACAUGUCUCCACCCUGGUGGUCAGUCUGGGGGACUUUGUGCGCAUGGCAGACAGGAAGAUCAUCGCCAACACCCUCUCCCAGCUCAAACUGGAGCUGGACUUUGAAAGCACAGCCAUCAGCCAGUUGCAGGUGGUGCUGUUUGGCUUCCAGGACGCGGUAAACAAAGUGCUGCGAAACCACAACAUCAAGCCCCACUGGAUGUUUGCUCUGGAUAAUAUCAUCCGCAAGGCAGUGCAGACAGCCAUCACCAUCCUGGUGCCAGAGCUGAGGCCACACUUCAGCCUGGCCUCGGAGAGUGACCCCGCUGACCAGGACGACCAGGGCGAGGACGGGGACCUGGGGGGGCCGACCGGGGCCCACCAGAGCAGGGGUCCCCCCUCCGCCUCCGCCCAAGACGACGCCGUGGUCACGUCCGGAGUGAGCACGCUCAGUUCCACCGUCUCCCACGAGUCCCGCGGCGCCCAGCAACGCUCCGUCACCAUGGAGCUGGGCAGGAUGAAGCUGGAGACCAACAGGCUGCUGGAGGAGCUGCUGGACAGGGAGAGAGAGUACCAGGCCGUCCUGCAGCAGGUCCUGGAUGAGAGGGAGCAGGAGAUCAAGCUGCUGAGACUACGCUCCCAGGCCAUAGAUACCCCUGCAUCGUCCGGGCAACAGCAGACCCAGAGGCCGGACAGGAGCGGAGAUCCAGAACUGGCCAAGUGGCUCCGUCUCCACGGGGCUGACGACCACUCUGUGGACAGGAUUCUAACAGAGGAGUACACAUUGGAUGACAUUCUCCACUACGUAACAAGAGAAGACCUGAAGUGUUUGGGAUUAAGAGGGGGGAUCCUGUGUAAGUUAUGGAAGGCCAUCACAGACAACAGAGAGGAGCCUGUGUGAUGUCACAGACAACAGAGAGGAGCCUGUGUGAUGUCACCUCUCCGGGAAUCCUCCACUGCUACAGGGCCUCUAUCUUAGCCAGUGUUUCUCUCUCUCACCACCGCACUUUAAUCUCAGUAUAUAUUAAACCUAGAACUCUGACUGGGUCACACACAGUGUUGAUAUGUUAACAACAUUGUGCUUGGCCUUUGUUGGGUUAUGAAAAUGUUAUUACUUAUUUACAAAUCUGUACUUUUACUGUUAAAGUAUGUCAGUAGCACCACUUUUUUUAUACACAUCAUUCAUGAUGGAGUCCUAAAAACUGGUACUUCAAAGUAAGAUUUGAAGAUACAAAGGAACAGAAUUAGCCACUGUAAAUACCUGAGAGUUCAUCUGACUUGUUGAGUGCUGUUUAUUAUCAUUACAGUUUUGACCUAACUUAUGUUUACAUUACCUGAGACAGACUAUUUUCUAACACAAGCCUGAGAGACAAAAUUACAAAAAGCUUAUUUUGUUGUUGAACUUCAAAAAUCAUGUUUAGUCCUAUCAGUCACUACUUUAUUUAAAUGUGUUUUGGGUUUUAUAUUAUGUACUUCUAAAGCCAUCUCUGCAUUUUUACUUUUUAUGUGUAUUUGAGUAGGGGAGAUAUCAUCAGUCUUCUAUUUGAAUCUUCCUUUUAUGCAUCUUGAAAUUUCUUUUGACAUUCUUUCUGCAAAUUGUAACAUGUUGAUGAAAUAUAUAAUGCAAUUUAAUUUGUAAUUGAAAAUGUCUGUUAAUUCCUCUUGAAUAACAUUGUGUGACCUCAUAGGAUGAUUUCGGACACAACUGAUAACAACUAUUUUACACAAUUGAAAAUGUAUUCAUAAUAUUAAUUUUGUUGUAUUUUUCAAGAUAUUCUGAUACAGACUCCUUUUGUACAUACAUAAGAUUAAUUAAUUGUAAUUUCUUUAAAUAUAUAUAUUCAGUAUAUGUUAAUCAAACCUAAAACAUUGUUGUAUCAAACCUGCAAAUUUUUCAUUUAUGUUUGUAAAAGCAACAAUACUUACUUCCUCUCCACAAAUAUCAUAUCCACAUCCUUAGAUGGCUUAAUUAAGUAAGCACAAUUUCAUUACAAAACCCUUUUCUGGUUUCAGAUGUUUUGUAUGUUAGAUAUAUAUGAUAUAUGUCCGCAUUGUUUAAUAUGUAAUUGAUUGACGAUUUGUUCAAAUAUUCAUGUGUAACAAACCCUUUCAUCAGAAAAGCCUACUGUGAAAUAAAGAGUGAACCAUUAA